ACGGGCGGCGGCGCCGCGCCCUCCCGGGCAGUCGGGACUCGGCUCCCGGCGAGAGGGACGCAGCCCCCGCCGACCCGGGCAGCGCCAGGGACGAUGCUUCCCCUGUGGAAGGCCAUUCUCUCGGAGAGUGUCCUGGGCUACAUUUCUUGGUCUCUUUACCACGCGCUGCCACCAAUGAUCUACUACUUCCCCCUCCAGACACUGGCACUCACAGGCCUAGAAGUUUUUGCCAUUGCCUUCUUUUCCCCGAUAUUCUUGACAAUUGGCCCUUUUUGGAGGUUGGCUAACAAUGAGUAUGUCCUAGCCUUUCUGAGAUUGACUAUGGUUGGAAGCUUGGCAUCAUAUCAUGCACCAAAUGCUCCAGUUAGACUACUUAUCUUGGCUGUUGGUGUUUCUUCUUCAUUGCUGGUUCAAACAGUAACAUGGUGGUCAGGAAACAGUUUGCAAAGGUUCAUCAGGAUAUGGGGCUUCAUUCUAGGCAAGAUAAUGCUCCUUGUUCUUCGUAUCUGGUACACAUCACUUAAUCCAGUCUGGAGCUCACAAGCUGCCAAUACUAUCAUACUGACAAUUGGUUUUGUAGCAGCAAUGGAGAGAGUUCAUUCAGGUGGAGACAAGAGGAAACAAGAAACAAACAAAACUGGUAAUGUGGUUAGAGAGACUGCUUCCCAUCCUCAUUGGUUUUUAUCAGGGAUUGCUUUUGGCAGCCUGAUGUUCCUCACUCUGUGGAUAUUUGGGGAGGUUUCUUUAAUUUCUAGAUGGGCAGUAAGUGGACAUCCACAUACAGGUCCAGAUCCUAAUCCAUUUGGAGGUACAGUUCUGUUGGGCCUUGCUCAUGGACUGAUGCUUUCAUUUUGGAGCUGGUCUUCUGUCAUCAAUUUUGCCUUGUUUCUCAUAGGUUUGGCAUCAUCAGCUGGUCUCCUUUAUUUACAUACCUGGAGUGCUGCUGUUGCAGGCAGCAUUCUUGGUAUCUUUACUAUGUGUGUGUGGCCUCAACUAGCUGGACACUUUGUCAGCUGUCUGCAUCCUGGGAAAGCCAUGAGUACAGCCAUGUUUGCCUAUGUUCUUGAAUUAUUCUUCUGUGUAUGGUGUACAGCUUAUAAAUUUGUACCUGGAGGAGUUUACAUUAGAGAAAGCUCCCAUCUUCUUCUAGGUUUUAUAAUGUUAUGUAUUGGGGUAGGCUUUCUAACAGGACCCAAGAAAGACCUUAGCUCUGUCUUUGAAGUGAAAAGCAAUCAAAAACCAUUCUUCAAAAGGAGUAAAAACUAUAUUAAACUACUAUUGUGGCUGUUUGUUGGUGUUGGCUUGCUUGGAUUGGGUUUACGUUAUAAAACUUACCAGAAGAAGUUGGGCCAAGGGGUUCCCAAAAGAGAUUUCUCUGCUCUGAUCUGGCCUUUUAGAUUUGGAUAUGACAAUGAAGGAUGGUCUAAUUUGGAAGGAUCAGCUAAUUUGCUCAAUCAGACAGAAGCAGAUUUUAUCACUAUUAUAGAGAGUGAUGCCUCUAAACCAUUCAUUGGAAACCAUGAUCCAACAAUGUGGCUAGGAGAAAGACUGGGAUUUUAUACAGAUUUUGGUCCAAGCACAAGAGAUCACACUUGGGGGAUUAUGGCACUAUCCAGGUAUCCAAUUGUAAAAUCAACCCAUCACCUCCUCCCAUCUCCAGAGGGAGAGAUUGCACCUGCCAUCUCCCUGACUGUCAACUUCACAGGGAAGCUGGUUGAUUUUGUUGUCGCUCACUUCGGAAAUGAAGAAGAGGACUUGGACAGAAAACUCCAAGCAAUAGCUGUUUCAAACCUAUUGAAGACUAGCUCUAAGCAAGUUGUAUUUCUAGGAUAUAUCACUUCAGCUCCUGGAUCCAGAGACUAUACUGAAUUAAUAAAAAAUGGAAAUGUUCAGGAUAUUGACAGCACAGAUCGAGACAGAUGGUGUAGCUAUAUUAUGUAUCGCGGAGUAAUAAGGCUGGGUUAUGCCCGCAUAUCUCAUGCAGGUUUAAGUGAUUCAGAAGUCCAGAUGGCCAAAUUUAGAAUCCCAGAUCAUGUGGAUAGCUAUGUUGACAAUGACAGAAUUGUCACUGAUCCCAGCCAAGUUCCUGAGGACAUCCACUUCAAUCCCAGGUUUGGAUCUUAUAAAGAUGGACAUAAUUAUGUGCCUAUUCAUCACUUCCAUAUGAGCACUCCUAAAUAUUUUAAACAGAUGAAUUAGAGCAAGAAAAUAAAAUAUUAUUAAGACCAUCGAGAAAGGUUUGUUGUUUGAAACUGAAUUGGCAGCCAAAAAGACUACACUGUUCAAGGAUGAACAACUCCCAUGCUGCACAACACUGUGGAUGUCUAUGUAAUAGUUGGUGACUUUCUUCUUUAAUGAGCUGCCAUCACUGUUAGGGAGGGAAGAUGUGUGCAUUUUGGUAAACUGGUAUUUACCUUGGCCAGAUACCUGCUUUGUAUGCAAAAAAACAAGGGUGGGAACUUGCUUUGGCAAAAACUUCUUCAGCUUUUGUGGAGGUAUAAUAUACCAUGAAGUUUCACAGUGCUAUUGCUGUUACUGCAAUAAAAAGCUUGGCCUUAGGUUUUUCAAAAUAAGAAUGGAAUCAGUGUAUUUCCUAAUUGGGAGUUAUGCAGUAAGUAUGUGUUUGAAGUGUGUGCAUUUUUGACUCUAACAGUAUUUACAUGUGCUGCUGUUCUACAUUUUAUUCUUAAUUGAGUUUGACAACAAUUUGCAGAUAAUUGAUGUUCAUAAUACUGGAGAAAAAGAGGUGACUUUUUAUAGACUUAAUUUUAUUAACUGGACAUUAGGCACUUCAAUGCUUUUACAAAGGGAAGAGUACCUCUGGAUAAUGAUGGUUAUGAGACACCUACAUGAACAGACUGACAAAUAAUUAAAAGCAGUCAUGCUUAACAAGGUUUCUGAGAGGGGAGAAAAGUUGCUUGUAACUUUUAUUUAAAAUUAACCAUACGAAAGGGAAAACAAAAAAGAAAAAUGCUUUGUUUCUUUGCUAGUGCUACACUUCAGUAGGACUAGAUAGACUAAACAGAGGUGUUGCUUUCUUGACCUAGGCAGUGGAUUCUGUUAUGCAAUGCACAUGUGACACAAUGUAAAAUGUUGAGUCUUCUUAGAGUUUCUUGGCACUGUCUUAUAUUUAGCUCCUGAUCCUUCAGUAUAGGUGCAGAGCUUCCCUUGAACAAUGAGGGCAUUUUCAGUGUUGUCCAAAGGAUGUUUCCUGCUUGUGAGAAAGCUGUUAGAUAAUUUAAGUGAUGCAUUCAGUUUGGAAACCACAUCUGUGAUAUUGGUAUUUAAUACUGUGUGUCUUUCCAGUAAUAUCUAAACAUACCAUAACUGAAAGGAAUAGGUUAUGUUGCAGGAAAGAGGGUGGAUUUUUUUCUCCCUCUAAUUCUUCACCAUAUACUUUUAAGAACAGCUUGAGCAUACUCAAUUUUAUUGUUUCUCCAGGAUGUGUUUUUACCCAAGGUUUCUUUUUCUGUGGAGUCAGGUAAUUGCUGCCAGCACCACAUUUGUCACUUUAUUCUGGUCACCUAUCAUUUUGCUCCCUUGUUUUUAGAGCUGUGUUUCUGAGAGUGAAAUUGAUCACUGGUCUUUGUGGACAGAGGAUAUCUGAAAGGCAUUUAAAAAGCUCAGUGGUUAUGUAUUCAUUAUUUCAGAUAUUACUGACCAUUAACCAGCCAUUGCUGAACUAAUUUCUCACCUGUGGGUGCUUUGUGUGCCUUUUCAAGCCCUCUGAACUUGGAUAAAUUACGUUGGGGAGUGCUACAAAUUGCUUUCUUGCAUUUUUAGCAGUUUUUUUCUGCAAACAUCAGUAGUCCUGGUCUCUUCUUUCACCAACCUUGCAAAAGCAGCUGGCACUGGCACUGUUUCACAGUGCUCUGAGUAUCCUCAUUUAUUUUCAGCAUGCUCUCAUGCUAGCUCUGAUGCACAUCCAGCCACAGGUUUGCUUUUUCAUAGUCUGUAGAAUACAUAACGUUACCUUGCCAUGUUACUUAACAUUCUCCACAGGCUGACUCUGCAAAUACCUUGCAAUGUGAGCAGUUUGUUAAUGUGAAAUGCAAGAAAUGAUACAUAUAAGUACAAAAAGCUUGAAAACUCCUAAUUUUUUAACAAUUAGAAAAUAGGAUGAGGAUAUUUUUCAAGAAGCCAGAUAGCAUAACAUGACUUGUGUAACAGAUCCGUUUAUCAAUCAUAUCUGAAUGUAAUCUUCAAAGUCUCUGAGCAUACUUUGAUGGAUUUUUUACAGGAUUUAGACAUGCUCACCCCAUUAGGAAAGUUCAUGUUGACAGUAAAAAUAUCUAAACUUUGAAUAUUCUCUUCCUCUAAGUAGCCUGUGUAGUUUAAUUUAUGUAAUUAGUAGCUUAUAUUUGUUGACAUUUGCAUUAUUUUAUCAGAAUGAUUAAGAAAAAACAUGACCACAAACUGUUUGUAUACUUCUACUACUGUGUUUAGGAUUGGGAAGCUAAAACUAAACUUUAUUUGUCCUUACAUCUAUACACUGAUCUAAUCCCUUGUAUCUCAGUGGUUUAGAAAAAUGUGCAUUAUAUAUCUAAGUCACAACCACUGUUUCAAACUAUGACAGAAAUGUGCUAGAACAGGUCCUGCUGCAGGGGUGUGUGACUAAUCUUAGUUUUCUAAUCAUACUCUCUUCAUCUCAGCUUUCAUAAAGAAAGUAUGUUAUGAAAGAAAAUGUUUGUGGAUAUCUUUAUGCAUUCAGAGAUGACAUGCAAAGAAAAAAAGUAUAAAUCAAGCAGUAUUUACUAAAGGUUUAAACUUUUGCUUGUGGUAAAAAGGUCUAGAUUACAUAUAUCUGACUACUAAAUAAUAUGUAUUCUGUUGUAGUGCAAAUCCCAUCCUCUGAAAUUCUGUGCAGGUCAGUUGAAGUUUGUAGGAAUGUACAGGAAGAAACAGCAGUGCAUCAGGGGCCUACCAGUGUGUAUCUUGGAAUAAAUAAAGAACUCCAGGUAACAUAUAUGAGAGCAACUUUUGAGGGUAAUUGUACUGGAUUCUUCAGCAGGGUGGAGACUCCAGUCUCCUCUUAGAUAUAUAUUCCUGCCUUGACUCAGGCACAGUGACUCCAGUGUUGUUACAGAGCACUCCAAAAUCUGGGAGCUGCAGUUCAAACCUCUUGGGCUAAGAAAACCUGACAUUGUUAUUUUCCAUUUUCAAAAACUGUGUUGCAGCUACAAGCUGAGCAAAAGUUGGACACACCCUUUGGUUUUGAACCAGAGUUGAUGUUAUUGAAACAAGUUGUUGCAGCUUAAGUGUAUAGGUAACCAGUUCCCACCUGUCUCGCUGAAACACAGCACUGAGAAUGUUCAUGGUUCUCUGCUGAUAGGGAGGGAGCUUUGUGGCCCCAGAGAGAGGUGCUGGCUGUUUUGAUGCACCUCCAGGGUUUAGGAAGAAAUUCUAAGGUGCUCUCAAGCUUGACUGCUCAUGAUGAAUGGAAGAGAAUGUAAAAUUUUAAACUGAAGCUGAAAAAGCCCAUUAACUGGAAUGUAAGAAUUUAUUAACAGCCCUGAAACACGAUUUUUCUCACGUAUGUAAAAUGACAUUUGUUUGCAGAAUGUUACAGAAGGACUUUUGGGCCAAAGUAAUAUACCUGUGGAACAAGUAUUAGAGAACAGACCUUUUCACUUCAGCAGGGAACACAGUAUGGGUCUAUGGGACAGGGAGAUUAAAAUUACUUGGACUGUUUAAUGAGUAGUCCUUUGAAGCAGUUCGUGUAAUCUGCAGCUGCUGCUUUCUGCCACUUGAGGUCCUCUUUUGUCCCUAAUUAGUACAGUUUGCUGAUGCCAAGAGGGAAUAACCCAGGUGCUGGGUUUUUUCAUUGUAACUCUGAGGGUGAAAAACCUUUUCAGAAGCAUUGCACAAAGCUGUGUUGACUUGGGUAUCAUUUGUUACCUCUUCAUAUCUGCAAAGGAUUUAGAACUGUCAUUGCUGGACUUCUUGUAGGCACUUUGUUUAUUUUCUUACAAUACCCUGCACUGUACUUUGUCACUGCUUUAUCUGCUUUCUUAAUGUUCAGCAAAUUCUUCUUUGUAACAUUUUUCUUUUCAAUAAAAUUUUCUUCCUCCUCUGACUUGUAAAACACAUCAUGGCUUGUAAUUCUGGUGCCUAAAAUUAACUUUCAAGCUUGUUUCUAAACAAAGCAAGAUGAAUAAAAGUA